AUGGCUUUACGCUUCAACGAUGAUACUAAUCGUUCAUCAUUUCCAAUGUAUUUUGGUCGUCAAACGAAAUUUGGUGAUGCUGCUUCGACGCCAUUACAAUUAAUUAAAUUACAUAUCGAACAGCAAGUGAAUGCAACAUUUCCACUCAUACAUCAAGUAGCAACAACAAUGACAUUUAAAAAUAAUUAUAAUCGAAUAUUAGAAGGAGCUUUAGAAUUUACACUACCUGAUAAAGGAAUAAUUUGUGGAUUUGGUCUUGAUGUUGAUGGUGUUAUUGUUGAUGGUGUUGUUGUUGAAAAAGAAAAAGCUCGUAUUACAUUUGAAAAAGAAGUUCGAAAAGGUGUUGAUCCUGGAUUAGUAGAAAAUGUUCAAGGAAAUAUUUUUCGUACAAGAGUUUAUCCAAUACAACCUGGUGGCAAACGAAUAGUACGUGUUAUUUAUCAAGAUCUAGCACAAAUUGAAAAUGAUUAUUUUCUCUUUCAUAUUCUUAUCUACUUUACUAAUAUUCUUGAAAAUUUGGAUAUUUCAUUGAUUUGUGCACAUACAUCAAAUCAUCGUCAACCAGAAUUUCUUCCAAAUAUUAAAUUUAAUCAACCUUUCAUCAAUUCAAAUGGUAAAUAUUGUUCUGAACUUCAUCUUGUCAAUGUUGAACCAUCACAAGAUGAACAAUCUAUUACAUAUAUGUCAAGAACUUUAGUAGAAGAAGAAGUCAUGUAUGAUGUAGAAAUUGAUCCUGAUGAUCAUAAUCAAGCCUAUUUUGCUCUAUGUUAUAUGCCACCAUUUCUGCAAAACAAUAAAAUCACAACUGCUAAUCAACAAACAAUGUCUAUUUGUAUAUUAUGGGAUGCUAGUUUAAGUCGAGCAAAUAUUGAAAAUCGUAAUUAUGAAAUAAAUAUACUCAAAAAUAUAUUAGAUAUUUGGCAAUCAAAUAAUAUUAAUGUAAAUAUAACUGUAAUUAUAUUUCGAAAUAUAAUUGAAGAACCAAAUAUAUUUCAAACACAUGAUAAAAAUUAUUGGUCAAAACUUAAUCAAUUAUUAACAAAUCUAUCAUAUGAUGGUGCAACAAAUUUAUUUCAAUUAUCUACAAUUUCAACUAGUAUACCAAAUAUUACACAUUAUUUUUUAUUUAGUGAUUGUCUUUCAACAAUAGGCAAUGAUGAUCCAACAUUGUUGAAUCAAUUGACAACUAAACCAAUAUGGAUAUUUAAUGCAAAUAGUGUACAUGAACCAACAAAUUUUUCAUUGAUUAACUAUUUAACUAAUACUAGUGGUGGUAAUUAUAUUUCACGUGAUAAAAUUAUAGCUCAAAAUAGUGCAAAAAUUAUUAUUGAAUUGAUUGAUAAACCACAAUCUAGAUAUAUUAAUACAGAUAUUAUCAAUGAUACCAAUAUUCAUGAUAUUUAUCCAAGUCAUUCGAUUAUUUUAACAUCAAAUUCAGAAAGAUUUAUACUCGUUGGGAAAAUGUCAUCAGCAAUUUCAGCUAAAAUUUCGAUUAAUUUUUCUAUUUCAAAUCAAAUACAUCGUAAAGAAUUAAUAAUAGAUAAAACAAAUUUGACAUUUGAAAAUUAUGGAUUAUUACGUCGUUUAUAUGCAAAACAAAUGUUAAGUGAAUUAAUAGCAUUUCCAGAAAAAAAUAAACAACAUAUUUUAGAAAUUGGUAUGAAAUAUUCUAUUGUCAAUGAUUUUACAUCUAUACUUGUCUUAGGAACAUUACAACAACAUAUUCAAUAUAAUAUAUGUCCACAUCCAUCACGUAAAACAUUAUACAGUGAUUAUAUAAAAUAUCAACAAAAUAAAACACAACAAGAAUCAAUAAAAAGUCAAACUAAAUUAACAGCUAUUUUAAAUCUAUGGCAAGCGCGUUGCACAUGGUACGAUAAAAAGAUAAUAGACGAAGAUCGUACAAAUGCAUUCAAAAGGAAAACUUCUAAUCCACAUGAUAUGAAUAUACAUUCGAUAUCAAUAUUCCACGAUCGACUAAAUUUUAGUACGUCUUCGUGGCAUUUUAAAACAACAGGACGUCUAAUGGAGAAUGCAAUGGGAGCUAACAAGUUAGCAACUAAAAGUUUGCGGAGAUCUUUUGAACCAGAGAUAUUAUCACGAUUAGAAUCACGUUACUCCGCAUUGAGCAACAAUGCAGAACUGACUUUCUAUGAUGAAGAACAAGAGGCAUGUUUGGACGAUGAUAGAUCUACUAUUGUUCAUCAUAGAAAUACUGCUACUCAUGCUCAUUCAAUUACUCUUCAAAAUUGGGAUCCCCAAACACCUUACAUCGACAAAAUUAAAUCAACUACUAAUUUACAAAAAGCUUAUCAAAUUUAUUUAGAUGAACGUCAAUCAUAUUUAAAAUCACCAUCAUUCUAUUUUGAUAUAGCAUCUUAUUUGUUUUCAAAAGCUCGUUCAUCAAUAUCGAAAUCAUCAUCAUCAUCAAUUGAUAUAUUUAAUAAACAUCAUUCAAUUUCUAUUUUUGGUUUUAAAACAUUUUCACAUGAUACUCAUCAUAAUAAUGAUAAUGAUAAUUAUGAAUUAUUAGGUUUACGUAUUUUAACAAAUGUAUUAGAAUUAGAAUUAGAAUCAUCACAAUUAUUACGAACUGUUGCUUAUAAACUUGUCGAACUUGGUCUUCUUAAUUUAGCUGAAAAUAUUUUUCGACAUAUUAUAACUUUAAGAUCAGAUGAACCACAAUCAUUUCGAGAUUUAGCAUUAGUAUUACAAGAAUCUAACAUUCAAAAUAAGAAUAUAACAGAAAUAUCAGAUCAAUUUAAGAAGGUUAUAUUUAGCGAAUGGGAUAAUCGUUUUACUGAAAUUGAACUUACAACAUUACAUGAAUUUAAUUGGUUUAUAUUUGAAUAUCAUCAACAAAAUCAAAUAUCAAAUUUAAUUGAUCAUCGUCUUAUUCGACAUUUACCUGUUGAUUUAAGAAUCGUUAUAGUUUGGGAUACAAAUGAUACAGAUGUUGACUUGCAUGUCAUUGAACCGACAGGUGAAGAAUGUUAUUAUUCACAUAGAAAUACAGCUAUUGGUAGUAUGAUAAGUCAUGAUUUUACAACGGGCUAUGGACCAGAAGAAUAUCUAAUUCGAAAAGCAGUCAAAGGUACAUAUACAGUUCGAGCAAAAUAUUUUGCUAAUCAUCAACAAAGUCUAACUGGUGCAACAACAAUCAUGGUACAUAUUUAUAAAUAUUAUGGGCAAUCAAAUCAACAAAAAGAAAUUGUUACAUUACGAUUAAGUAGUAAUCAAGAAAUGAUUGAUGUCUGUAAAGUAGAAUUUGAUGAUGAUAUCAAACAAAAAUCAAAAAAUAAAACAACAUAUGAUCAAGAUUCGAAUAUGACUAUUCAUUCAAAUGUUAUUUGUAAUGGAUGUAAUAUGUCAUCAAUAAAAGGAGAUCGUUAUAGAUGUUUAUUUUGCCCAGAUAUUGAUUUUUGUCAAUCAUGCAAGUCGACUAGUAGAAUAAAUUAUGAUUCGAAUCAUCAAUACAAUCAUCCAUUAUUAUGUAUUAAAGAUUCCAACGAAUAUCCAAAGUCAAUUUACUUAAGUAAUCGUAGUAAAAUCAAUCAUAAGAAUAAACAAUGUAAUUUAUGUUUUAUGAAACCGAUUAUUGGUAUUCGAUACAAAUGUGCUUGUGGAAUUAAUUUAUGUGAAAAAUGUGAAUUUAUGGGUUUACAUGAUACAGAUCAUCGUCGCACAAAAAUAGUUAAAUCAAAAUGA